UCUCUUGUCUGCUUGCCCUUCCUUCCACGAGAGCCAGAGAAUCACAAGCGGAAUUCUGCGCGUUUUCCCCCCGCUUGUUGUUCCGCUUCUGUCCGCUGCCGCGCGGCCGCGAAGAGGAGGGAGGAUAAAAAAAUAAGAUUGUGGGAGCAGGUCAUGGUGUCCAGUGAAAAGGUGUGGGACCCCCACCAUGCGGGCCAUAUUCCAUCACAUCUGAGUGAACGGCACCUGGCUCCUGGCCCUUCUCCCCCCUCCAACCCUGCACUUAUUGGACCUAAGGGCGCCACGAUCCACCAACGUCGCUGGCUGUCCCCUGCGUCUCCCCCGUCGCCGCCUUCGGUGGCUCUCAACGGCGCCCAUUCCGCUCGAGCCUACAAGCUGGAACGAGGACGACACUGUGCCGAAGAGGAAGCGGAGCGGUUGAACAUGAAGGGGAAAAGACUCCGCGGAGAGGCCACCAUGGAGGACAAGCUGGAGGACGUGGGCGAUGGACCAAAAAAUGCCAAAAUCACCCUAAGCUUCCCGCUUAGUGCAGCCCCCCUCCCGACAUCUCUGACCUCACCGAACCACUGUCCCGGCUCUUCCGCCUCCUCCUCUUCCCCACACCGGCGGCGACCAUCCUCCAAAAGCUCAGACAAGGGGGUGCUGUGGAAACUGGACGCCACCAUGGACGUAAAGCACAGACCCUUUAAGCCCCAGAGACAUGACAGCUCUCCGUCCUCCUCUCCCUCCUCCUCCUCGUCCCCCAUGACUGUUCCAGCAUUUACCAGAAAGGACAUAAAGUCGCCCCCUCCUCUCAAGUGCUCCAAAAUCAAUUCAGAGACACAGAUUCACAAGUCGCCCCCGAGGUCCUCCAGUGGGCUGUUAGGGGGCUGUUUUACCGAAGAUGGAUGGGAUGAGAGGCACAGAGUGACCAACGGGACCGUCUCGCCGUCCCAGACCGCUCAGAUCCUCUUCAGCCUGGGCGCGUCGGCCUACCCGAGGGGGGACGCAGAGAGGAAAGAGAAGCUGACAGGGAGGCCAGCUGGGAAAGUGGGGAGUCCCCACGGACCCAGCCUCCAUCCGCCCACCCUCCAUCUCCCUCCACCCCUACCCCCUCCUCCUCCCCCACCGUCCGAGGGCCUGACCGCGCCGCCGCACUCUUCCUCCUAUUCCCCCACCAACAGCCUGAAGCCGGAGUUGAUUUGCGGCGUCUGCCACCGGCUUUUCAGCUCAGCGUCCUCCCUCACGGUCCACAUGAGGCUGCACCGCGGCAGCCGUGGCCUCAGCUGCCAGUACUGUGGCAAAGUUUUCAUCCACAGCAAGAGACUGCAUUCCCACGAGGCCUCCUGCAGGCUGCCCGGCCUGUCCUCCAGCACCCUGCGCCCUCCUCCUACCGUAAAGCCAAAAGAGGAGCCCCUGGAGGAGGGCGAGGUGAGGGUGGAGGGGGGAGUGAUAGUGGGAGAAGCAGGCGGCAGCGAGGCGCGGCCCAGCAAGAAAAUGAGGAGCCUCCUGGCUCGCAUCCAAGGCGAUGAUGCAGCAGGCGCGGAGCGGCUGGCCGGUGAUGAGAACCAUUUUGUGAAGGUGGUGGAUGGCAACGUCAUUUACUUCUGCUCUGUGUGUGAGCGCUCCUACAUGACUCUAUCCAGCCUGAAGCGCCACUCCAACGUGCACUCCUGGCGCCGUAAAUACCCGUGCCAUUACUGCGACAAGGUCUUUGCCUUGGCCGAGUACCGCACAAAGCACGAGGUGUGGCACACGGGGGAGAGGCGGUACCAGUGCAUCUUCUGCUGGGAUGCUUUUGCCACCUACUACAACCUCAAAACGCACCAGAAGACGAUUCACGGGAUCAAUCCCAGCCUCAUCUCCAGCGAAAAAACCGCCAACGGAGGCUACAAACAAAAAGCUAACGCCCUCAAGCUUUACCGCCUUCUCCCCAUGCGCUCUCAGAAGAGACCCUACAAGACCUACAGCGACAGCUUACACAACGGGCUUCUACUGCCCUCAGCUGAAGCAUCUGGCCUCUCUCUGCCCGGCCUGGGGUGUCCUUUAAGCCCAGGAGAACUACAGAGCCUCAUUGCCGGGACCUCGCAUCAAACCGUAAAGCCCGAUCCAGAUGCUUUUCCCGACGGUUUCCCCGUUUCCAUCGCUGCCGACCCCUCCCCGCUUGCCUCUCCCCACCAAUCGAAUGUGCCCCAAGUCAGACAAGAGGAAUGUGAGACGCUUGAGUCGGAGCAAGGCAAAGGCGGUAGCAGCUAUAGACUGUCAAACAGCACCAAAACCAAAACUGUAAAGACGAGCAGAGUCACAGAAGCGAGCAUGCCCUCUGUGAUCACAUACGGCCACACCAAACCCUCCGUCAUAGUUCACGGAACUGCCGUGUCGUCCUCUGUGAUUGUGCACAGCAACCAGGUGACGUCCGGAAGUGAAAAGAGUCCGGUUAGCAGCCCAUCCCCCGAAACAGAAAGCGGUCAGGUUGCACUCAAAGCGGGUCCUCGGUCAAACAAAAAGCAAAGGCACAGCACAGAUAAUCAUCGGAAGAGGUCAAGAGAGGGUUCAGACCCGCGAGAGGAGGGUUCUUCCAGAGACAGGCGGGAGGCAGAGACAGGCCGAUUAUUUCACAAAACGCGCAAGUCCCACAGCAAGAGUAGCAUUUCCAUCUCAAAGCAGCCGUCGGCAUCUGCGGGGUCACAGGUCAGGGAGGCAGGGUCGCUGUGUCAGAUCACUGUGCGCAUCGGGGAGGAGGCCAUCGUCAAGCGCAGCAUCUCCGAGACCGACCUGAGAAGAGACAAGGGCCUCUCCCCACCCAAAACCAAACGGAGUGAAACAGCUCCUGGAGUCAAGGAGCCACGCCCGGCUCACUCACAUCACCAUCACCACCACAACAAAUACCGCCUUCAGAGCAAAGCCAGCCUGGACCAAGAGGGGGAUGAAAAAGCAGGAGACUGUGAGGAGGAGGGCAGAAAACAGAGCCCGAAAUCUCCCGACCGGGUGAGGGAGUACUUCUUCCGUAAGGAGGUGCGUGAGCAGGACAGUGACAAUGACACUGAGGAUAAUUUAUGGCGACCCUACUACUCCUACAAGCCUAAGAGGAAGGCCCAAGCACAUCUACAGAGAGUAAAGAGCUGGCAACGGAAACUCAAGUACAAGCGUUCCAUCCGACUGAAGAAGAGAGCAGAGAGACUUAAGAGCCUUCUGAGUAAACAAACCAAGAAAUUACAGGACGAGGAACCAACUGAGGAGGCGGAGAGAUUGUUGAAAGGUAGCGGAGACGAGAAGGAAGAAAAACAGAAAGAAACUCCUCUGAAGGAGGACAGUAAAGAAGCAGAAAAGCCAGUCAGAGAGGACCCUCCCCGUUUGAACCCUCCAAAGCCUUCUCUGUCUACCUCAGCGGCACCCACAGGAAUCAAGAGGCGACCUUGGUCCAACGGGAAUGCGGCCGAGUGCAGCACAUGUGGCCGCUGGUUCUCAAGCCCUCGUAAGAGAGACAAGCACGAGCUCAAUCACCUGCUGGAGUUCGUCUGCCUCUUCUGUCGAGCCACGUUUCCUUCGAGGGACAAAUUGGAGGACCACCAGAGGUCCCAGCAUCCGAAGCCGACUGAUCCGUCCACCGUGCCCACUCCGGGCGGGGUCAAAUCGGCAAUUGAUGCAGACGAAGACAGAGGGGGGCACGUUCGCUUGGCGGGGAGUCCGAGUCGCCUGAGCAGAAGAGCCUUGUCGCGACACACCUGUCCUCAGUGCUACAAGGUGUGCAAGACGUCCUCCGCUCUAACUCGCCAUAUCCGCCGCCACGAGCUGAGCAGUUCUCCGGAGAGAGGAAAUGACGAGUCUGAGCCAAAAACCUCUCAGACGUUUCCUGACUCUCUCUGUAAAGAUUCAGAUAAAGGACAAUUUCCCAGCGCUGUGUCAGUUAUCAGCUAUUCCGCACAAGAGCAGCAUAGCGAUAGUUUGUCCCAGAAACGUGAACAUCAUUUAUGUGAACUUUCGAAAGAAAAAACCGAAGCAACACAACCGUCAACUUCCGAGAGAGAGCUGAGGCCAAACAUCACAGACCCGACGCCUGAAAUCCCAGUUAACCUUUCCCCCUCGAAACCCGAGGUCACCCCUGCUGCACCCUCUACCCUCCAGAGCGUGCUGGUCAUGAACGGCCCCGACUGUCUCGACUACCGCACCCCCGGCAAAAAGACCCUUGACAGCCAGACCCACAGAGCGCCGAGCCCUCUGCAGCUCGUGACACCCUCCAGCACCUCCCUGAAUGUGCCUGUGACAUCACAGACCAGAAUAACCACUGCUGCUCCUCCAGUUUCCAUGACAACCCCUCUCAUCUCUAAAGGGGGAUUCAUGAGACGGGAUGGGGUCAUUAUGGAGAGCGAGAAGCAGAGCAGGAGCGGUGCGUUUCUGCAUGCAAGUUACACAGAACCCCCUCUAGUUCCAGAUUUUAGAGUGGAGGCUUUGUCCAGGAGUCCGUCUCCCGCCGAAGCACAAGACCUUACUAUGUCCUCUAUGCUAGCGCGAGAGAGGGAUCUAGAGAGGCAAAGGGAGGCAGAGAAGGAGCUGGAGAGACAGAGGGAGCAGGAGAAAGUCAUCGAGAGAGAACGAGAGAAAGAGGUAGAGAGGUCCCAGCAAAUCGGUAGAGUAGCUCACACCCCGCAGGACCAAAGUGCACUUUUGGUCCCCAAAGAGGAGCCCUUAAGCCCCAUCCCAUCUCCCCAGCACAUCCCCACUCAAACCACUAUGAAUGGACCCUCUUCACACAGGCACACUCCCAAGUCCCCCUGCCGGUCCCCUUCGACUGCUGGACUGUUGGCGCGAGCGAGCCGCCAGGUUCACUCCGGUUCACAAGGACUCGACAGGCUCACGCAACCCAUCGGAGCAGCUGGCGCCGGGGACCGCCCCUCUGCGCACGCGCUGCUUCUCCCCAGAGCCCCCCAGCUUCCUGAGCCAGACAACCAGGACACUGUUUCUCCCAGAGAUCCCCAGCAAAGGGAUGCCACUCCGGUUGGCUACACUUCCCAGGACUACCCGCUUCCCCUGAUAGUGCCGGACAACUACCACCCCGGUAAGAAGCAUGAGGAAAACCUCCUCAUGUCUUCCUACCCGCCGGGGGCACUUCCCUUUGGCCCCUUGGGCAAAGUGAUUGGACCUAACGGUGGCGACUUGGCCAAGCUGCCGUUCUACCCCGACCCCUACCAUCUGCUCUACGGGCCCCACCUCCUUGCCUACCCAUACAACCUGGCAGCGCUUCCUGUAGCUCUGAACAUGAUGGGGCCUCGUGGGGACAAGGUGGAGCCUCUUCCCUUCCUCCCCGCCAUCUUCAACUACGCCGCCACUGCUGGGACCUACAUGGGCGCAGCCCCCCACCCUCUUAUGGCCAAUCCCGGCCUCUACAGUGGCAGCAGCGGCGGCAGCGGCAAAAAGCAACAAGACGGCGCCGGCAGCAAACAGUAGGACACAGUAUGCACUAAAAGAGGAGUAAAGAUGAAAGCUUUUUUUUUUUUUGCCUGGGAGUGGAAGGGGUGCAUGCUCACUGGCUCUCCCAGUUCGCUUGCACAGUUAGCUCCGCCCCUCCCUUUCUAUCCCACGGAUCCAGGCAUUACAGGAGUAAAUGUGAAGGGAGGAGAAGGAGCAAAGAACUCCUCCUAUCUUUACUCCAGCUUUCUUUCUCCACAUCUUUCCUGUCUUCCUGUAGUGUGUUGUAGUUCUAGAGCUUGAGUAACUUUCCUCUCUGACUCAUUAUAUUAUCUGUAAUAUAAGAAUAACAACUGCUAACAGGGUUUGUGUUUUUGUGACGAAUUAGUUCAGUCUCCUUCCCUUUAUUAGUCACCGCGUAAACGAGGACGGGCGCCCGUUCAGGGUGUGGGAUAACAAUUAAACGACUCCAAAAUUUGUGUAUUUUUGUAUGGGCAAGAGCGAAUGCAGGUGCAUCCUGCUGUUAUACUGUCUGUGAUAGUGCUAAUAUGAGCAUGCACAUGUGCAGGGAUGUGUGCAUGCAGCGUCAGGCGGAGGCGGGCGAGUGACUGAACGCGAAUGUCUGGAUCAUUCCGCGUGAUCAUUCCGAGGUGGGACUGGCGAUCCGAGUUGUGGACGUUAAGGCUGGACGUAAAGUGUGACAGAUCAUCUUCGAUUUUUUUUUUUUUUUAGUGUCGUCAGACCUGUAGGAUCUGCAUUCCCAAUAGUUUGUACUUUCUGUGUGCAAAAUGCUAGCUCAAAGGGGACAUAUGUAGCUGCUGUGGAUAUGUAGCUGGCCACUGGGUAUGAGGUUAAAGGCUGGUAGACCGUUGCACUUCCAUUUUUCAUCUCAUUUCCUUAAAAUAAAAAAGAAAAACGAAAAAAAAUAAAGGAAAAGAAGAAAGACCAGUCAGCCUUCAUUUGUUUAGCUGUUUCCCUCUUUGUUUAGAAGAGAACAAGAGCCCGUCUCCUCAAGCCAGGAAGAUGAGGCCACAUCAAAGACGCAAAAUGAAAAACGGAUUCAGGGUUUUGACCUUUUCCUGAACCUAAAUCGUUCAAUCAAAAAAAAAAAACACACAAAACAGGCACUUGGAGAGACAAAAAAAUCACAGCUUAAAGAGCAAUUAGGAAAAAGUACGAUCUUUUUCUCUUCCUUUCUUGUGUCAUAUUUAAAAGGAUUAAAACAUAGGAAACGGCUGAGCUUAGCAGCCAAAGUGGCGGACUGAAACUCCUCAGACUCCGCCCCCCUCAUGCAGGGGCCUCUUUUUUUUUUUUUCUUUUUUUUUGGUAUAUGUAAUGUUAUCUUUUUACGUUGGUUUUUCUUAAACGAUGCUGUUGUUUAUGUCGUUUAGCCCUCUUACGGAUGGAAGUGAUGAAACAAAAAAGGGGGAGUGAACUUUCAAAAAUAUGAAUGUAAAUUUAGUUGCAAGGUUUAAUGAAGUACAGUUGCAUUAAUGGUAGAGUUGGUUUCAGUUCCUUUUUUUUUUCUUUUUGUUUUGACACAAAUAACUUGUUAAAGAACCGUAUAACGUCUGGUAUGCAUAUAUACAGUAGUCCUAGGAAUAUGUCAGUAAACUUGGGUUCUGUAUCCACAAAAGCAUGAGCAUCACUUGCUUCCUAACCGUUUAUUUUUCUCAGCAAAUCUGGCACAGCUUUUGUUUUCGUUCUUCAUUUUAUUUCAUUUUUUUUUCUCUUUUUGAUCUUCCAUAUCUCCUUUAGGAUCUGCUUUAUCACCACAGGCUACUCUUUUGUAGAGAAAAUAUUAGGAGCCGGUAUAUUUUUUAUUUCCCCGCCACCGGUUCCCUCGAGCUCCUCCUUUGAAGUAGUGCACGUGAGGCGGCGUGUGUAUCAUGGUCAGGGGGCACGGUUGGCGUUAAAGACGUGGUGUGACCGACCGCAGAGGCACACGAACACCCCCCUCCUCCCCUUCCAAACCCCCCCUCGGGUGUGGUUACAAGCCUUUUGCGUGCUUGGGUGCAUGUGAGUGACAUUGUAAGAAAAACCAAAAAAUUAAAUUCAGCUUCCCUCGACAGUACAUGAGUAUGUACGCUGUAAAAAGUGAACAUUGGAUCAGUUAACAAAAGUGAAAAAUUAAAAAUUUGAGUUGGUGGUUUAAUCAACUUAAAAAUGUAAUUUGAUAAAACUAAUAUUUUUAACAAAUUACAGAAUUUUUGAUCCCAUUUUUUAUUUUUUACAGUGUAAUUUUUUAAAUUUAUUUAUUUUUUUGUUAUUUUCACCCUUAAAUUUAAAUGUCAGAAAGCCUUGCUGUCUUCACAGUAACUCGCGCGACUCCCGUCAUAUAUUUUGGACCAUUUCUUAUGCCAUAGUUGCCGUCAUGGUUUAUCAUAACCACCAAAAGCAUGCAAAUUAACACGUUGUGGUGACUGGGACUGGAAUCUGGUGGUAACGUCCAUCUAUUUACUGUACGUUUUAGUUCAAAAUGAAUGUGCCUCUGCUUUGAUAUUUAAAUAAUUGUCUUUUCAAAUGGGGGGAAAACCAGAUUUCAGCUGUUAAGGUGCCUUGUUAUGGCAUAAGAAAUUUGAAAAUCAAAUGCGAAUUUUUUUUCUUUUUUUCCUUGGAAAAAUGACUUGGAGUUAGAGUCCAUGGCUUUGUUUGCUAUGAAGCUGUUAAUAGAUAUAGGAGUGUGGCUAAACUGUUUUUUGGUAUCGUGUACAUGUCUAGGAUAAUACUGUGCCAUAUAGAGCCCACAGAAUAUGUUAAUGUUAUUUUUCAGAGAUGUUUUAAUGUUGCCUGAUGACUUUGUCUUUAGAUUUGAUACAAAGGCUUGUAGCCACAGCUCUCCCAAAGUCUGUAGUGUCCUUUUCAGCAUUUUUCCUGUCGCCCCCCACAUUUCUGUCUCCCGUUCUUUCUCUUUGCUGCAAUCAAACAAAAUAAAGUAUUAACCUGAUGACCCAAUGAA